AGAUAGAGCAUUUAGAGCCACGAUUCCCACUACCAUACAGCAACAGCUUCCUUUUUUGGUUUUAAUCCAAAUUUAUUUCUUUGUAAUUAUUAACCAAGCCUCGUAGUCGUAGAUUAGGAGAUUUUUUUUUUCCCCUCUAGAAAAGUAGAAAAAUCAACACGAAACCCUAGAUCUCCGAUGACUUCUUCCUUGUUUCGUUAUCGCUACGAUUCUUAAUUUUCUCGCUCAGCUUCGUCGAUUUGUCGUUGCUUUCACUUGAUUCGGUGGGAGAGUGCGUUGUUUGCAUCACCGGUUCUUUGGCCUCUGCGUGUUGUUUGUCAGAUUCCUAUUUGGUGAAUUAGGGUUUGGUAGCUGGAUUUUCGAUUGUGAGUGCUAUUGCGUCCAUGGAACCUCGUGUAGGGAAUAAGUUCCGACUAGGUCGGAAGAUCGGUAGCGGCUCGUUUGGAGAGAUAUAUCUUGGUACUAAUAUUCAGACUAAUGAAGAAGUUGCCAUUAAGCUUGAAAAUGUUAAGACAAAGCAUCCUCAACUGCUAUAUGAAUCAAAGUUAUACAGAAUCUUACAGGGAGGAACUGGAAUUCCCAAUGUUAGAUGGUUUGGAGUUGAGGGAGAUUACAAUGUUCUAGUGAUGGAUUUGCUUGGACCUAGUCUUGAAGAUCUGUUUAACUUCUGCACUAGGAAACUCUCUUUGAAAUCAGUUCUUAUGCUUGCGGAUCAGAUGAUCAAUCGUGUGGAGUUUGUCCAUUCAAAAUCAUUUCUGCAUCGGGAUAUUAAGCCUGACAAUUUUCUUAUGGGUUUGGGAAGGCGUGCAAAUCAGGUCUACGUCAUUGACUUUGGUCUGGCUAAGAAAUAUCGGGAUAGUUCAACCCAUCAACAUAUUCCUUACAGGGAGAAUAAGAAUUUGACAGGAACAGCAAGAUACGCAAGCAUGAACACUCACCUUGGGAUUGAGCAAAGCCGGAGGGAUGACCUAGAGUCUCUUGGUUAUGUGCUUAUGUACUUCUUGAGAGGAAGUCUUCCAUGGCAGGGACUGAAAGCAGGAACAAAGAAGCAGAAGUAUGAGAAAAUUAGUGAAAAAAAAGUUUCAACCUCAAUUGAGGCCUUAUGUCGCGGUUAUCCAUCAGAAUUUGCUUCAUACUUCCAUUAUUGCCGUUCACUUAGAUUUGAUGAUAAGCCAGACUAUGCUUACCUGAAAAGAAUAUUUCGAGACCUUUUUAUUCGUGAAGGUUUCCAGUUUGAUUAUGUCUUUGAUUGGACCAUAUUGAAGUAUCAGCAGUCGCAGCUGGCUGUUCCUCCGGCUCGUGCUGUUGGUGCUAGACCUGGCACUAGUUCUGGAAUGCCUCCGGCCAUUGCAAUUGCUGACAGACAUGCAGGGGAAGAAAGCCGGCCUCCUGGUCUGUCUUCAAUGGAUUCCUCGCGGCGAAGAAUAUCAGGACCUUUAAAUUCUGGAAAUUUUUUAAAACAGAAGAAUCCAGUUGCACAUGAUUCUUCAAUUGCUAAAGAUGCCACAGCCAUGCAGUUUCCAAGCUCCAACAUUUUGGGGCGUUCAAGUGGAUCCUUAAGGCGACCUGCUGUUUCUAGCAGCCGUGAUGCAUUUGUUGGAAGUGAGACAGAUCCUCAACGCUCUUCCACGAUAGAAGCAUGCCCUCCAGCGUUACACAGGGUGUCAGGUGGGCAGUCUCCUGUGGGAUCCUCUGAUCCCAGGCAUCCAUCAUCAGGAAGAACUACCUCUCAUGCAAAGAACUAUGAAACUACCCUUAAGGGUAUUGAGAGUCUGCACUUUGAUGGUGAUGAUAGGGUUCAUUAUUAGAUGUCCGUUGGUGUGAAGUGCUGUAAAUCGUGAAUUUGGCCCGUUUUCUUUUAGGCUUGCGGUGGGAUAGAUGUUAUGUUGGAAUUGAGUUUUAAGAGUUGUGAUUCAUUGCCCGGGGAACUCUGGUUUUGGAUAUUGGCACUCAAAAGCAUUUAAUGGUCAUGCGGAAACAAGUCUGAAUAUCCAAAGUCAACCGCACGAAGUUUAAAACAAGGUUCCUUUUCUGUAAAGGUCUGUGUGUUUACUGUGUUACAUGGCUACACUGUGCUUCAUCUUCCGCCUUUGUCGCUCUCUCCUCCCUCAGCGACAGACUUACCUUAUCUCUCAGGGUUUUUUUUUGUCCAAUUUAAAAAUUAUCAAUGAUGCCACAUCUCAGCUUAAAUUUUUUUAUGGCUCUGUAAAUUGACCGCGAACUUUUACUCUGUGGUUUUUGAUUUGCUUCAAUUUUAGCUCAAGUGCAUGUUGCGGCAGAA